ACUUAGAAGUCACUUCCAGUUACAGAUAUCCAGUUCAUCAUGCGCUUCACUCUGCUCGCUGUCUUCCUCUUCGGAGUGAUCUUUGCCAUCGUGUCCGCUGGUGGAAACGGAGGAGGAGGUGGUGGCCAAGGAGGCUGGCAGCAGAAUGGAGGAGGUGGCCAGAAGCAUGGAGGCGGCGGUGGCCAAGGAGGCUGGCAGAAGGGCGGCGGAGGAGGCAGUGGUGGUGGCAAGCACGGUGGCGGCGGUGGAGGUGGUGGCAAGCACGGUGGCGGCGGUGGAGGUGGUGGCAAGCACGGUGGCGGCUGGUAA